UCACAAUAAGCUACUUUUGACCGCCUACUAUUCGGCACUCUCUUCCGGCGUCCUUGCCGACCUUUGCGGCCAUUCGCGGCGGAAAGCACAUAAAAGCUGCAAGCGACUCACAGGUAACCUGCGCACCUGCGAACCAGUCGAAAGCGAUUGCGUAGAUCGGAACGUGGUUGUGCAUCAGUGAGAAUCGAAAUCCCGCCUUGUCCACACACGCUAUCUUAACGAGAAACAUCGCGGACAAAAAGCUUCGAUAUAUCGAAAUCACGAAUGACUUUCGACUUGUCGAAUCGAAAUGGCAGGCACAAUUAUCAGUGAAAUUAUUACCUUUGCUAAUUACGACUGCAUAACUUUCUAAGGAUUAAAUAUUAUCGAUAGAUGUACAUAACUUGCAGAGACUAUAGCAUGUCAUUAAUACAUUUAUGUGAAAUGUAUUAUGUAUAAUGUAACAUUGAUGUAAAAUGUAUUAUGUGUAAUAUAACAUUGAUAUAAGCCAGCCAGAAAGAGAUUUGUCGUAUUUAUUAAAUAUAUUAAAAAAUAUGGUGCUUCGGUAUGGCAGUGAAAUGCACGGAAGGCCCUUUUGUGUUCAGAUUAAAUGAAAACGGUACCGGGCCGCAUCUACUUGUGCAGGUUUGCACGGAACGGGGGUGGCGAGAGUAUGCCGGCGAAAAUAAUGUAUUCAAAGAUCGAUGGAAUUUAUGGUGGCGGUCCGGUGGUUCCACAUCGCAUUAUAGGCCAUUACUCCCCUGGCAGUUUGUCAAUCGGAUUCCAAAAGGAAAUUCCAUUUGCCGAAAAGAUAAACUGAUCCGUCACUUGAAAUGUAUGAAAAAAGUCCAUGGUCCAAUUUAUGACUUCAGUCCCACAGGAUAUAACUUGCCUUCCGAAUACACGAAAUUGGCCGAAGAAUGUAGUCGUUAUGAAAAGGAUUACAAAGUUUGGAUCUGUAAACCAGUUGGGCAAAGUCAAGGAAAAGGAAUUUUUUUGUUUCGUAAAUUAAGCGAUCUCUCAUACGACAAUGCCGCAGUUGCGCAAAGAUAUAUCGAGAAUCCUCUCCUAAUUGGUGGAUACAAAUUUGAUCUUCGUCUAUAUGUGUGUGUGCCAUCAUAUCGCCCAUUAACAAUUUAUUUAUAUAAAGAAGGUUUAGCCCGUUUCGCUACUGAAAAAUUUUCUUUGGAACGAUUGGACGAUCCAUUUCGACAUCUUACGAAUUUUUCCCUAAACAAAUUGGGACCAGGCUAUUCAGAGAAAAAGGAACGCGUUGGUGCUGGGUGCAAAUGGACAUUUAGACAAUUAAGAAGGUAUUUCGAGCAAUCAGGACAUUUCGAUUGGAUUCUAUGGCAAAGAAUUUCUUGUUUAGUGACUUUAACAAUUCUAAGUCAAGCGGCAGGUAUUCCUAAAUCCUCGAAUUGUUUCGAAUUUUUUGGUUUUGAUGUGUUAAUUGAUGAAAAUUUGAAACCAUGGCUCUUAGAGGUGAACUUAAGUCCGGCUUUGAGUAAUGACUGUGAAGUUGAUUCGGAAGUGAAAAAACCUCUAUUGCAUGAUUUAUUUGAUUUAUUGGGUCUUCCAGUAUGUAAUACUGGACUUUCCCUGUUCACAAUCUGGUCCUCCUCUGAUCGCGUUGAAGAGGACGAGAGAGAAAUGUCUUCCAAAUUUAGUCGCUCCACAAAAAGGAAAUCGAAACUCGGACGAGAAACCGAUGCUUUUCUCAAUUUUUCUCCGGAUACCCGAACCAUAUUAAGACAAUCAACGCCAGAAAUCUGUUCAACUACCUGGUCUCAUUACAACCCGCUAUUAAUGGACAAAUAUAUACAUCGAGGAUAUAAAGGAAAUACAAUCGAGAAUUACGCUUCUAAAACGAUUUGGGAUAAUGGUAGAGAUUGGAGAGUUUCCUGCGUAAAAGAAGGCGGAUGGAUUCGUAUUUGUCCAUUUACUCGGAUAAAACAUAUUGAAGAUACGAAAAAUGUAAAACCAUCACCAAGAACUGUUGAGAACGAGAUCAAGAAUAUGGUUGUUUCUAUACAAAAGUACUUAAAAGCCGCAAAGGAAGUGGAACAAAGAAACGAAAAACUCACAGAUGAACAAUGCAAUGCUCUUCUGCAAAAUGCGCUUGAAUUAAAUACAGAAGUUUGGCUGCCAGAAAAGUAAAAACCUAGAAGUCUGCGUUUUUUGCUCACGCCCACUAUUUUCACAUCUAUUUACUGUUUAUGCUUGUUAACUAUAGCAUAUUAUUUAAAAAAUAUUUUGUACAACUAUGUACAAUGUAGAUUAUAAUGAACGUGCAUUUUUAUUCCAUCGAUCUUUGUAUAUAUUGUACGUUGCAUUUAAUAUAUUUCAAAAUAAUUAAUUGCAAAAUUUUAUGCAACAAACAAUCAGACAUUUAGUAUUUACAUUUAGCAUUAAAUGUAGCAGUUUCA